AUGUUGUAUAAUUAUCAAACACCAAAUCAGUAUUCUAUACCAUGCACUCCUCCAACACCUUCUUACAUGAACUAUAUGAAUAGUAGAGUAAUGCAUCCUGGUGUAAUACAUCCAAAUCAAAUACCAACUCAGCAUAUGAUGAUGCGAGAGGGGAGAUCACGAAGUAUAACUAGAGGCCCAUUUUCAAGAACUGUGGCUAGUAGAUCUACAACUCCACCACCAAUUCGUUCUAAACAACGUACGAAUAAUGAAUUAAAUAAGUUUGAAUAUGGAGUAAAUGCAACACCAGAUUUAGAAAAUAGAACACUGUCAUAUCAACAGUUAGAUAGUUAUAAUCAACAGCAAGCAAAUUAUAGGCAUAAUACUUCUGAGAUAAGAAAAUUAAAUAAUCCAAACUUCCCUAAGACACCUACAAUAUCUGGUAAAUCUAAUAAUCAAUUAAAUGUUAACAAUACAGAAUUAAUUGGACAACAAAAUCAGCAACAAAGGAAUGGAAUAGAACCAACUCCAACUCAUGUAGCAAAAGUGAACAAAUUGAAGAUGUUAUCUAUGCAAAAUUCUGCCCUUGGAUCUUUAACAGACUCUCUUAAUAGAGGAGUAGCUUUGGGCCCUUCUCGUCAAACAUCUAUUCCCCCUAAUUAUUACCAUGAGCGUCACCCAUCUGCUUCUCCACCAAAUAUGAGAAAUUGUACGGCAAGUUUUAAUGAAUCUUCAAGCAAAGUGUUAAGUUCAUAUGUGUCUAGGCAAUUAGAGGAGGAGGUUGGAAGACUCAGGCAUUUAGUAGAAAUACAAACUAAAAAGAUUUCUUCUUUAGAACAAAAAAAUACUGAGUUGGAAAAUGAAAUAUUACUUCUUCAAAAAUAUCAACAACUCUAUCAAGAUAUGAUUAAUACUAAUUCAACUGCAGAAAAUAAUAAUCAUAAUGCAAAUAAAAAUAAUCUAAAUAAAUUAGAUAGUGAAGAUGAAUAUGAACAUAAUACUACUUCAGAUACUGAAACUGAUUAUUUAAAACAUAUGACAAAUACUGAGAAGAACAUGCUACAGAAAAUGGAGCCUAGGACAGCAAAGUUACAGGUAGCCGAAAAACAAUCAGCAAUGUUUUCAAAUAUUCACGAAUUUUCGGCAGAAUCAGCUCUCAGAAAAGCUGGGAUACCACCUGGAAAGCCUGCUUAUUUAUAUCGUCUCCCCUCAAAUCCUGAGCCCGUAGAUAUUCAGUUGGCAGACUUUCACAAUUCUAGGAGUUCACUUGUUAGGUGGUCCAAAGUUAGCAGUACUAUUUAUUUAUUUGGUACAACUCAAGUCCAGUUACGUGUACUUCGUGGUCGUCUUCAAGUAAGGGUAGAAUCUUGCGAUUGGGGUAAUGGUAACUUCUGUCCAAUAGAAAAAUUUGUUUCUGUCUUUGAACCUAUUGAAAGGGCCAAAAUGAAUGCAUAA